GCCAUGCAGAUAUCGAGAGCCACGUUGUACCAAGUCGCUCUGUCCGGCGAUCGAUUGCCCUCCUCCCCCCGGGGCAACAAAAUCAGCAUCUCACCUCUCUCUGUCUUCCUCUGCCCGCCCCUCCCCAACCAUCGCACAUGUCAUCAUUACGUCAGCAGGUAAUGCAAUAGGUACAAAAAGGACCAUGAGCACAGGCCGGGAGGCAGCUGGCUAACCACAGGCAGCAUACACACACAUGCAUCUGCAUGUCUGUACGCUGCCGUGCAUGAGGGAAACAAUCACUACCGAUCGGUCGGUCCGUCACUCCUCCAUUCUUUACACACACAACACCCGUUAACCCCCGCCCGUCCAGCAAAGUCGACACAACGACCGCACAUCACACUGCCAAAACCCCACCUGCCGCCAUCGAUGAGAGGCCAUCCAUUUCUUCUUUCCUUGAUCUCUGUCUCCUCUGUCUCCUUCCUCCCAGCCGACAGAUAGACACCCCCUACGUAUGGACCGACCUGCUGGCUGACUGCAUCAGACAGACAAAGGGCAAUGAAUGACUGAAUGAAAACUCACACAUACACAUACACAAUACACACAGAGCGGCAUCCAGCCGGACUUUGCCAACAGUGGGCUUGGCCCGCUCGCUGCUAUGAGGCGUCUUCGAGUAUGGCGGGGAGGAGGUCCUCUCCGCAGCACGGACAACGACCAGACUGACACACCCAUCCCUGUAAACACGCCCUGCACAGACAGACACACACAAGGAGAAACACAGCCGCAUACAGACAGAUGCACAGGAGUGCGUCGCCGCCUCCCUCACUUGUGGAAGAGGUGUCCGCAUCGCAGGUCCACAGGGCGGUAGUCCUCCUCUUCUUCGGCGGAGGGCGGCCGCACCCACGCCCUGCUCCUCUCCUCGUGAAUGCUGUUGCUCGUCUGGCUGUCCGCAUCACCAUCGCCCCCACCACUGCCGCCAUGACAUCCCCCGUCGGCAGCAGGGUCCUCGAUGGUGCAGUCCGUCCAGUCCGCCUCCACACCCACCAGGUGCACACGACGCGGCUGACGACGCCGCACACCCCAACUCUUGCCUGGACCAACGAAGGAGGCGACACACAAAGACACAAAGACACAGACAGAUGGCUGGAUGGAUGGCGAUAUCGUGUGGGUGCAUUAGUCUGACCUUGAAGCGCAUAGCUCUCGAUGGGCGGCUCGAGGUAGACCGCCCUGCACCGGUGGCUCUCUGGCGGCGAGGGCGCCCAGUUGGCCUCGAGGCAUAUCAUGCAGAUGUCUGUCGGGUCGAGCGAGGCGGUCUUCCGCACUCGGAGGGGCAGCUGGCGACCGAAGGACUCAACACACUCAGUGAGAGUCGUCUCCAACACAUUACACUCCUACAACAGACACGCAACAUCGAUUGGCGUCUGCAGAUGUCGUCCUGUCUGCCCGGCUGGCUGUCUCGCGUGGUUACCUCCUGCAGUGACCUGAGGAACCUCUGGCUCUCAUUCGCCCGCUUCAGCAUCCGCCCCAGCCUCUUGGCGAGCCGCUGGUGGCACUCUGUCGCCCGCCUGAAGGCCAGCGAGUCGGCACACUGCGCCACACCACCCUCAUCGAGGCUCAGAAUCAGCUCCACCCUGUCGUCACACCGAUGCAGCUCGGCCGUCACCCACUCGAGACGCUGCAGACUCACACCCAGUAGGUGCAGCUGGGCCGUCUCGGCAGCUGACGAUAUGUUGGCCGCCUUCCUCGCGGCAUGGAGCAGGGCUGGGCCGCCUGAUGCCUGCUGCUGGUGGUGUGCGGCUGACGAGGUGGGUGGUGGUGUCUUGGAGAGGGUGGGUUUGGCCUCCAGCAGCCGCACUAUCCGCUGCAGGUGCUGCGUGCCCAGACGCAGAAACAUCACAUCACGCUCCGCUCGGGUGCACACCUGCACAUACACACAGCCAUCCAUAGUGUCUGUCUGUCUGUCUGUCUGUCUGUCUGUCGUUCUGCCGUAAGUACCUCUAGAACAUGUUCCCUGAAGUAGAGCACUUUGGAGUAUCUCCUCAUGACGAGGCAGUACUCACACAUGAUGCGGACCGAGAGGUAGCAGUAGGUCACGGCCGAGCACACACCCUCCAGCAAGGAUAUGUAGCCCCGUCGCCGCACCGACCGCUCCUCAAAGGGCCAACUUACACUCGCCCAGCGGCUCUCAGGGGUCGUGUCGGGCGUCGACAGGUCGGCGGGCGUGUCGUCACACACGGCAUCUCUUGUUGACACCUCUGACAUGGCUGCCUGCCUGCCUGCAACACACACAACACACACACAGAGUCAGCCAGAUGCACCUGAAUUUUGUGUGUUUGUGUGUCCUUGUGUGUGGUGUGACUGACCCACCUACCUUAACACUGACAGCCUGAGUCGAUAGAUGGAGGCCUCCCCUCCCCUUGCAGCCUUGCUUGCAGACUCCCCUCCCCCUUGUGCAGACUUGUGAAGCCUUUCACGCCUCCCAACCAGCCUCCGCACCACUCACAGGUCACAGAUAGAGGGAGCUGGAAAAAGAAGCGAAAUCGGACACCUCCCUUUGAUGGAUUUGCCGUCGAAUGUGCUCAACA